CAUGACGUCCACAACAAAUUGAGACCCACCCAGAAGUCUGUGUGACUUCAUAAGACAAACUACGCACUAUAAGUACAAGUAUGGCAUCACCCCCGGUGUUCAGAAGUUCAGCAUCUCUUUGUUCCAUUAUUCAAGUCCAACAGAAGAUACAACUCGAUCCUCUUACAAUGGCAGAAGUACAACGUUCUAGCAGACAGCCAACGAAACUAUCUAAUACCAAAUAUGUCUUCAUGUUUCUCGAGACUCUGCCAUGGGCUCUCUGCCUGCUUACGAGUCUCGCCUGGAUAUUCCUCACAAAAGCGCCGUCUUCGUCAGUACUGGCAACCUUCCUCUGGCUGGCGCCUAUGGCGAUUUCACAAGUCGCGAGCAUUUCUUUCCUCAUUUACCACGGCUACGGGCAAAGGAGUUCACAUUAUCACCUCACCGAAUAUGAACGAGCAAUCCUGGACUGCGUACGAUCUUCUUUGUGCAGCUUGACGCUAAGUUCCCUCUGCAUGUGGAUCAUUGUCUUCAUUGAAACACAAAUGAUCUCGAAAAUCAACCCGCUCAGAGAUGAGAAUGGAAAUCUUGAUGACGACGCUGGUCAUGCAUGGGCUGAAUUAGUCCUCGUAUCCUUCUGUCUACUGAUCCUUGUUGGUCCCCUGCUGGCAGUUAUACAGAUUGUUCCGUUUCAAGAUGCCAAGCGAGUUCGGAAAGCGAGGUCAGAGAAGCGGGAAAGGUUACUUGAAGAGGGUUCAUUUGAUUUGGAAGACCAGAACGGCAAAGUGAGUGACUGGGAGGAGGCCGACGAAUAUGAGGAGACUAUCCAUGAUCAAAAUGGUUGUUGAAGAGAGAGACUAUCUGGUAUCCAGUGAGAGAAUGUGUACGGCAAAGAACAGAAAAUUACG